GAGCGAUGCAGCUCCCCGGGGCCGACCCUCGUCACCUCCGGCCCCCCAUACAGACUUUCUGCUUUAAGCCUAGCUAGCUCCGAAAUGACCAGGCUGAUCCCUCCCACCUGCCCGCUCCCCCUGGCCCGGCCCUGACGUCAGGGGAAGGCGUGCGGAUGCGUGUGUGUUCGAGGCGCACAUCAUCCACACAUCAGAUAGCGCAGAUCCAUCAGCCGGCAGGAGCCAGCCGACAAAGCCCCCCGGAGCCGGGCUGCAGGCGAGACCGCGGCCCCUCGCAAGGCAGCGGAGGAGCGUCGGGCCCCUCCGAGCACCGAUGCUCUGCAGAGCGCAGCUCCAGGGAGCCCGUCGCUGCUAAGGAGGUCACCAGCAGUAGGCCCACACGCCUGGGCAUCCUUUCUCCAGCUGCUCACCCAUCCGAUCCCAAAAUGGAGGAGCCCACCGACCCCACCAUGUCAUCGGACCCCAGCGCCCCGCCAGCAGUGCCACCCCUGCACUCCCCCAAGUCGCCAGUGUGGCCCACCUUCCCCUUCCAGCGGGAGGGCAGCCGCAUCUGGGAGCGGGGCAACCUCCUGCUACGGGACCUGCCCAGCCCCCUCCCCACCAAGAGGACCAGGACCUACUCGGCGACAGCGCGUGCCUCUGCUGGCCCCAUCUUCAAGGGCGUCUGCAAGCAGUUCUCUCGCUCCCAGGGCCACGGGUUUAUCACCCCAGAGAAUGGCACUGAGGACAUUUUCGUGCAUGUGUCUGACAUCGAGGGAGAGUAUGUCCCAGUGGAGGGGGAUGAGGUGACGUACAAGGUCUGCCCCAUUCCUCCCAAGAACCAGAAGUUCCAGGCAGUGGAGGUGGUCCUCACCAACCUGGCGCCCCACACGAAGCAUGAGACAUGGUCUGGCCAGAUCAUCGGCUCCUAGGCACCCAGCGAGGCCGCCAGCCACUCAGCCCCAUGGAGCAAGCCUGCCCAGCCGCUCACAAGGGGUGUGGGGGGAGCCGAGGUGGCGGCGGGGCCGGGGCUGCCCCCAAACAUGCAGGCGUUUGCGUUCAGUGUCUUUUAUAAGGUUACGGUUUCCUUUGUCUGUGUGUGUUUGUAAGUGUCUGUCGAGGGGGACGGGGGAAGCAGAUUCCUCCUUGAGUGUCCCCCAGCUCCAGGGGCAGCACCGAGCCCCGUGUUCCAUUCCCUGCUCUGGAGGCCAUGGGGAAUAGAGAAACCAGUCCUAUGCCCCAGCCCUCCAGCUCUACUGGGCUGAAGCAGGUGCUGAGAGAAGGAGCGGGUGGCUCAGCUCACCCUCCUGAACUCCACUCUGGCAAGAUGGGCACCCCACUCAGUCCGCAGUGGGACAGCAGCAGUGGGACAUGCUCUGGUGCAGGGACAAAACAGGGUGGUGUGGGGUGGCAUAUCACUGUGCGGGGUCUGGGUGGCUGAGACCCAUCCCCAUUGCUGGCAGCUCACAGCACCCACCUGAGCCACAUCCCUCCAUCACAAGAUCUCAGGUCAGCAGUGCCACAGGGAGAUGACUGGUUUACAGAAAGAAAAAAUUUGGUUUUAAGAGGCAGACAGGUGCUGGCAGGUCACCCGGGGCACUUGGUGCUGUGCCUGAGGGGCUGCACCUGGGCAUGGGGCAUGGGGCACUUGGCACCUCUGUGCUCCCUGCUGCUGCUGGGCAGUAAUGCACUUUUCUUGGCUCAGUGCUGACAUGGUUUUGGGGAGGCAGACAUUUUCUCCUCCUUCCCUUGCCCCCCGGCCCCCUGGGGACCCCCUUCCCAUGCGUGUGCGUGCGUGAGAGUGUGUGUGUGUGUGUGUGUGUGUGUGUGUGUGUGUGCGUGUACAUGUCUGUAGCUUGCUUGGGGUGGUGAGGGGCUGAGGGGUCUAAGCAGCCUCAGUCAUGGGGCAAGCACAGCCACCUCCUCCCCAGCCCCUCAGUGUAGGCAGGGUCUUGUAUACAAAGCACAAACUUUGGUUUUUUUGUCUUUUUUUGCCAUACCCUGGCCAGGUGGGUUCCCACAGCCCCAGGGAGUGACAGGGAAGAGGGCACUGGGACAGGGACAACGUGCACUGGGCUGCUCUUGAGCUCACCCCAGGGAAACAGUGCUCAUGCUCCAGGAAUUACCAGCAUCUUAAGGCAUUCAAAGCAGGGUUGGGGACAGUAGGGUGCCACCAAGUCCCCCUGAGUGGGGCAGAAGGGGACAGGCAGCAGCAGGAGCUGCUGGCACUGCUGAUGCUCAGCAUGGAUGGAGAGGGGUGUUUGCCACCUUUUUUGCUGCCUCUGCUGGCGACAGGGCUAAGUGGGGAAAGGAGCAGAGCAAAGCUGGUGCCAUGCAGGACAGCUGGGCUCUGUGGAUUUGCGAGGACCAUCCAUGCUGCUGUGGAUUACCCCAGGACCCUCUAGCCCAUCUCACUGCCAACCCAAAACCUGGUUCUCCCAGAGGCUGUGGCAACUCUGGCUCAGGCUCCAGGCAUCCCCAGGACAUGCAGUCAGUUUGGCCAAGGCAAACUGCCCGAUUUUUUUUUUUUUUUUAAAUAAACUAAAACCCUAGACUCGUUGGUGUUUUUACAACUCUGGUGUGGUUCCCGCCUGUCUGACCAUGUGUCAACCUUUGUAACAUUGGCAAUAAACCAUUAAAAGUGACUUUCCCAUGA